AAGAGGAGGAUGUCGAAGUGAGUCGCGAGGAGAACCGCACCUUUCACACGAUGGGCAUGGAGAAAACCGGAGGACCGGCGGCGCCACUCCUCCCUAAUCCACCUCCUCCGUCUCCGACGCCGCCGUGCUACGGCGUGCCUGUCGCUGCGUCUGCCGCCUUCCAGGAACCCUACUUACCGGAAUCCCCGGCGUACGUCGUCCUCCCUGUCUAUUCCCGUCGCCGCCGGCGCCGCUGCGGAUGUUUCCGCUGCUGCGGCUCGUUCCUAUCCUCCUCCACCCUCCUUUCCGCCGCCUUCCUCCUCGUUCUACUCCUCUCCGCCGCCUUCUUCCUCUGGCCCUCCGACCCGGAGCUCACCGUUGCACGCCUCCGUCUCGACGACAUCCACAUCACACCUCCGCCAGAAGCGGCUUUCGACAUCUCCCUGGGCGUCGACCUCAGGGUCCGCAACCCGGACUUUUUCGCCCUCGACUACCGCUCCAUCGUUGUCACGAUCGGGUACCGCGGGAGGCCCCUCGGCUCCGUCACGGCCGAAGGUGGUCACAUUAGGGCGCGGGGGGUCUCCUACGUUCGCGCCAAGCUCAAGCUCGAUGGGAUCCGCGUGUUGAAUGAUGCCAUCUCUCUGAUCGAGGAUCUCGCGAGGGGAUCAUUGCCCUUGAACACGGUCACCGAGGUUGAUGGCAGGAUGCGGCUCUUCUUCAUCGACGUCCCCGUUCAGGGAAAGAUUUCGUGUGCAGUGACUGUUAAUCCAAACACCCAGGAAGUCAUUAGUCAAGACUGCUACCCCAAGUGAUGUCUGUUGCUCGCAGCAGAGGGAUUCCAGUGGACACUUCAUGAAAGUAUACAUAAUAUGAAGGGAAACAGAGCAUGUUUGUAAGCCACAGACCCUAGUCUAGAAUUCCCACAAAGGAAAUCAUUGUAAAUUAAUCGGUGCAUGUAGCUAUUGGGACAGGUGAUCAUCAACUAUUAUUAUCACGUUAGCAUGGAGGAUUUGAUUGUGUGUUUGAAUGUUUAUUGAAUGGCUUAGCCUCCAUUCUAUCC